GCGUUAAGAGGUGGGCGGCGAGGCACCGAGUCAGCUGUGCCGCACCGCGUGAUGAGGUCGCGGGUGGUGGUCGCCGAGCUGUUGCUUCUGCUGCAGCUGGUGCUGGUGCUCGGAGCGGUGAGGCUCCCGCGCUGCACCGACCCUCGGCGCUGCACUGUGCCUCCGCGCCGCUACACCCCGGACUGGCCGAGUCUGGACUCCCGGCCGCUGCCGGCCUGGUUCGAUGAAGCCAAAUUCGGGGUGUUCGUGCACUGGGGCGUGUUCUCGGUGCCUGCCUGGGGCAGCGAGUGGUUCUGGUGGCACUGGCAGGGCGAGAAGCUGCCGCAGUACGAGAGCUUCAUGAAAGAGAACUACCCGCCGGAUUUCAGCUACGCCGACUUCGGGCCAAGGUUCACGGCGCGCUUCUUCCACCCCGACAGCUGGGCUGACCUCUUCGAGGCCGCCGGGGCCAAAUAUGUGGUCCUGACGACAAAGCAUCAUGAAGGCUACACAAACUGGCCAAGCCCUGUGUCUUGGAACUGGAACUCUAAGGAUGUGGGGCCCCAUCGUGAUUUGGUUGGUGAGUUGGGAACAGCCAUCCGGAAGAGGAACAUACGCUAUGGACUGUAUCACUCACUUUUAGAAUGGUUCCAUCCUCUCUACCUACGUGAUAAGAAAAAUGGCUUCAAAACACAGUAUUUCGUCCAUGCAAAAACAAUGCCAGAGCUCUAUGACCUUGUUAACAGGUAUAAACCUGACUUGAUUUGGUCUGAUGGAGAGUGGGAAUGUCCUGAUACUUAUUGGAACUCUACAGGUUUUCUUGCUUGGCUCUACAAUGAUAGCCCAGUUAAGGAUGAGGUCGUAGUAAAUGACCGAUGGGGUCAGAACUGUUCCUGUCACCAUGGAGGAUACUACAACUGUAAAGAUAAAUUCCAGCCAGAGACCUUGCCAGAUCACAAGUGGGAGAUGUGCACCUCCAUAGACCAGCGGUCCUGGGGCUACCGUCGCGACAUGGAGAUGGCUGACAUUGCAAGCGAAUCCACAAUCAUUUCGGAACUAGUUCAGACAGUAAGUUUGGGAGGCAACUAUCUUCUCAACAUCGGACCAACCAAAGAUGGACUGAUUGUUCCCAUCUUCCAAGAAAGGCUACUUGCUGUUGGGAAGUGGCUGAGCAUCAAUGGAGAGGCUAUCUAUGCCUCCAAACCAUGGAGAGUACAAUCUGAGAAGAACUCUGUGUGGUAUACCUCUAAAGGGUUAGCUGUUUAUGCCAUUUUACUGCACUGGCCAGAAGAUGGAAUCUUAAGCCUUAUAUCCCCCAUAACUACUUCAACCACAGAGGUAACGAUGCUGGGAAUCCAAAAUGAUCUGAAGUGGUCCCCAAAUCCAGGUAAAGGUCUCCUCGUGUUCCUGCCCCAGUUACCACCCUCUGCUCUUCCAACUGAGUUUGCUUGGACCAUAAAGCUGACAGGAGUGAAGUGAUCAUUGGAGUUCAAGAAGAAAGGGACACCGCCUGCACUUUGAUUUUCCUCUUAUAUUGCCAUCAUUAUAAUAAAUGACUCUUCUCUACUCAGACAUAUCUUUUCCAACACAUUUUAAUAAAUGGAAUGGAUUACGUUACACUGAUGUCUCACAGGAUCAAAGAUCUGAGAUCCAGUGCUAGCAUCUCUCUCUCUGAUCAAUAGAAGAGACUGAACAGUUAAGCUCAUCCAUUUCUAACAUUGGGAAUUAUCUGCAAUGGAAACUUCCCUCCAUCCUCUGUUUCAUAACCUGAUUGCUUAUUCAAAUGACUUCAAGAAUAAGCCAAGUCAUCCCAUUGCCUAUGGGAGGUGCUGAAAAGGAUUUGGCAGACUCUACUAUACGCUAUUUAUUUAGCAUCAGCUGUCACCAGCUACUCCCAUCUUCCCCCAAGAGCAGGAGAGCCUAGAGGGGAAAGAAAAUGCUUCCAAGGCUGCUAAUAGUCAGCUUUUUAGAAGUUUCCAAAGCAAACUAAGAGCUCUGACAUUCAGUCUGUUUACAGGGAUUCUAUGAAGAAAAUGAAUGUGAUUCUGCCUUGAUGUAAUACAGUCAAAUAAAUUUGUAUGUCAAAUCAUUUUCUACUAAAAA